ACAGCUGUGCAAAAGAAUACAAGACUACAGUUGGAAUACAGCAUACGCGUUUGACUCUUUCUUACCACUAGGUGGCGACAUACUUACUUUUUGUGGUAAAUAAUUCUGGUUAAGGAAUUUUUGGUUUAAAAACAAUUUAUUGAGACAUUAAUACAUAACAAAAGUAACGUUAUAUAUAAUUGAUUUAAGUUGAAUAGUAAUAAACGACAUUACAAGUAAAAUGCAAGCUAUUAGACAAUGCUCUGCUUGUGCUACUGGGGGACUUCUGCAAAGUCGGACGGACUUCCUUUUGCUCCGGACUAAUAUGGCCGCACUCAGAAGAAGCGUUGCAUGUCUCAAUUUCUUCAGGUAAAUAACUUUAUAAUAACAACUGCAUCAUUGCACCCUAAUGAAUUAUAUUCGUAUGCAAACAUAAACAGUUUCGACUAAGAUAAAUAUCGAAUUGCUUUAACCACUAUAGCUUGCUAAUAUCAAUGUUGUUGUUUACUCUCAUUGCCUUGCAGGAGCACAGCAGCAAGUGUCCUCAACAGUAGGAAGCCCUCGCGCCAGAGACUCGUGCGUUUCGCAGACGUUACCAGAACGAGCUUGGUCUCUUUGAGUGUUGGGAGUGGACUGAGCGCUGUCCCUUUCAUGCAGGUACAGGACCUUUCUCUUUCUCUCACUGUCUAUCAGUGUCAUGAAUAAUGCUGAACAACUUGAAUAAGGCUGACAUCAUACAUGCAUGCCUUAAUCAUAAAAAUCCCCCUUUUCAGCGCAUAUAUUAAACUUGAGUGUUUCUCUCUAUCCAGCAAGUGGAGAACCUCUCUCAUGAAUCCCUGAUCCGAAGAGCAUCCUCUAUGGUUACAGGCAGUGCAAACACUUACCUCUCCCAGACCACUCAGGCUCUUGUAGACUCCAUCACACAAUAUGCCAAAGUAAGUACCUGAAGGGAUCAUUGUGGAUUUUUGUUAUCAUUUAUGCUAAGAUGUACAGUGUGAUAAUUAUAGCCAUAUGAAAUAUCAAAUGUGAAUUUAACCAGUAAGCCAAUGGAAUAAUGUUACCUAAAUUACCCUUCAUGUUGUUGACCAUGUGUUUGCGUUGUCCUCAGGCUCUCCAUACCCUCAUCACCCUCCAGAGGAGAUAUCUGGCUUCACUGGGAAAACUCUCCACUGCUGAGCAAGAUGCCAUUUGGCAAGUGAUCAUUGGCCAGCGUGUUGAGGUAGAUGAAUUAAAUGUGUACUCAAAUACACCAAAAAUACACUGUUGUCUUUCAAAGUCAUCUUUCAGAAAAAAAUGUGCCUGUAUUUUUGUAUCCAGCCAUCUGGAAAAGCUAUGUCAUUAGGGUGUCUCGUUUAUUUCCAAAGAAAUGUUGCCUUGAUUUACCUUCUCACAAUCUCACAUAGUAAAUGCUUUACUCACUCCUGUUUGCCUUUCAUCAAUGUUUGUCAUUGAUGUUCUAAAAGUAAAUAUGGUUUGAGCUCUAUAAACCUCUCAAGAAAGUAAUAAAAUGUUCUGAUGGAUUUCUCUCUCUCUCUCUGUUCUGGCAGGUUGGUGGCAGACUAGAUGAAUGCAACCGCUUCGAGUCAAACUGGAUUAAUGCCGUCAACCUGUGUGAAAUGGCAGCUGAGGAAGCGUACAACACAGGUAUGUGUAUUACCAGUGCCAUCACUGAAAAGGUUGUGUUAAAAAUGUGUGUGACUUGUCUAUCAGUGUUUUGUCACUUGUCGUGUUUUAUGUUUUUGUGUGGACCCCAGGAAGAAUAGCUGCUGCUUCGGCAAAAGCUAAUGUGGAUCCGAAUAAACCAAUACAACCUGUUUAUCACUAAAAAUAGGAACUGAACCACAACCUUGAAUUGCACAACAAUGAUACAUACACAAGCUAGUGUUAGUGUAGUGUAGUACCUGAUGCUCCCUGCUCCCCAUGACAGUCCUCAGUCAGCACUGAGAUUCUCACACAGACGUUAACCUGUCAGUGCAGUAAUAAACCUGCUAGCUCUGAGAAAGGCCCCCAUAAUGUUUGUUUUGUGUAUCUCCCUCUCACUACUUUGUAGUUUGCUGUUUGUGCCCCCUCUUUUUCAAGAGCUGUCAGUCUCACACUUUGACGAAUGUAUGGAUCAGUAGCUGUUAGUCAACGGGGCUUUGUGAUGGUAAAGAAGACAAAAACCUCCAGGUCACCAUGUACUCUAAUUCCCAUGGUUGCAGCACAAUAGAGAGAUGAUGGACAGGGGCACCUGCUCAGUGUCACCUGUUAUCACCAUGGAUUGAAGGUUUCAUCUUUGGCCCCUUUCUCUGUUAUAGUGAGAUUUGAUUAAAAGACCACAGUCUUGUUUGUUUCGCAGGAGCUGAGCAUGCAUCCGCCACAGCCAAGACCAAUUUGCAGGUGGCCAAGGUUCAGGUGGAGGAGGUCCAGCAGAUAUCUGUGGAUGCUGAGAGGAAGCUGGCUGAGACCCAGGCCGAGGAGAUCCAGAGGAUGGCGGAGUAUGCCUCAUUCAUAGAGAGUGGUGGUGAUGACGUGCAUGAGGCUUACCUCAGAGAGGACUAAUCCUGAGAGUAAAACAAGUUUGAGUAGUUUAUUGUGGUUUAAAUCCUCAACAGGUAGACAGUAUACAGUCCACCAUUUGGGAACUUCAGAAGUUGUUUAUAUUAAAUUAUUUUGAUAAACAAAAACAUGUAGAGAAUUUAGUGGUGAAUUGAAUAACACAAAUCUUAUUGAAUAAUACAAAAGUGAUUUAUAUUUUAGUGGAUGGAAUGUCAUGAUUCCUUGUUUAUAAAGCUAAAAUUGUGAAUUACAUUUGAGUUGAUUACAAUUUCAUGCUCUUAAUUUAAUUCAAACUCUAACACUAAAUUAUAAUAUUUAUUUGAAUACAGCUUUGAAUGUCAACUUCAAGUAUUUAAACUGAAAAUAAUAAUUGACAAUCAGGGUGUCGUAAGUGAAAUGUAUGGACUGGUCAACAUAUCAGUACAGUAAAGUUGCAUUUGUUUUUGUAUUUUAUGAUAUGUAAAUUUACUAACUUUAUAAUAAAAAGUCUAUUUUUCAUAUAGCUGUUUGGAUUGUAUUCUGUUUCUUUUGGUUUAUUGGACAUUUUCUCAGAUUGAAUAUACUUGUCAUUAUAGAUUUGUAUAAAAGUUUACGAAACAAUUUAGCUGAAGAAUAAAAAAUGUAACAAUUGUCUAACUUUGAAUGACAAGGAAGUUAAUA